ACUUUACCCAAUAGAACCAAAGAGUGUGUGUGGCUCCUCCUCGACACGCAUGGCCAGCUUGUUAGGUUCCACCAGCCCUCCUCCUGCUUCAAAGGAGAUGGAACACGGCCAAGGAGCCACCCCACUGAGCGAUCAGCUCGUGUUCAGAGGAGAACUGGCCACUCAUCGAUAUAGCUCAUCGAAGUGAUUUAUCACCACCACCAUGAUCAUAAUGUGGAAAUUUAUAGCGGCAGCGACAUAAUCUAAACGCAUGUUUCUAAAUGUGGAGGGAGACACCGGAGGACCCGAAGAAAUAUCCACGCGACCACGUUAAUAUUUUUUGGAAAAAUGUCAUGAACUAAAAGCUCCGCUUGUUUUGUUUCUUUAGCCUUUGGCCGCUACGAGGCGCUCUCUCCGCUACGAGAUUCCCGCAUGAGAGUCAGACAGAAGUCUGCCAAGGCUGCAUGUUGUACCGGGGGAUCCUUGUCUGUGCUGUGUAAGCAUGAGAGCAUGCGUGCGUGGCGUUUGCGUUUGUCUCGUGCGUGUACCACGUUCUGGGCCUGGCGCGUGUACAGCGUAGCGGGGAGACGUCAAGAAGCGCUGCUGCGCCUUAGAAUCCGCAUCUCGGGGCAUCACUCCCAACUCAGCAGCAGCAGCACCCAGUUAUUUAAUUCCCUGCUUCCACCAAUGGUCGUAAAGAGUACGGGGCACAACCCCCCCAAACAGUCCCGGGGAGUGGCAUUGGUCUCAAGAGCUGCUCCGUCCCCCCUCUCCUGGCUCUCCAGGCUGGUGGUGGUGGUGGUGUUGUUGUUCUCUCGCGACGUUGUUCCACCACCGCCCCGUGACUCCCGCAGCGCCCUCGCUCGCUCCGUGCUGGCUGCUGUGCGGGCGGGCGAGCGAGCGAGAUUCCUUUCCCGAAGCUCUUAUGCCGGUUGAACUCCACUCGGGUUGCCUCAUGCUCACUAACGUGUUCAGGAUGCACUCCCGUUUGCCUGACUAAUCCGAAAAAAAUCCACAUCUCAGGCCUGUAUUGAGCCUUUGAAGACAGAGGAGGAAAGGUGAGUGGAACAAAAGGGCGAGAAUCAAGGGAAGAAGCAGAAGACGGAAACAAUUUAAAAUUAGAACAACACAGAAAUACAAGAUAAAGAAAAUGUGCAAUAAUAACUAUAGAAGGUAAGAGGGCCAGGGAAACAAGAAUAGAACUGUAAUACAAAUGUAAGUAACCAUUUGGUAGAAUAUUCUAAUAAAUGUAGGAUAUAACUGCAAUACAAGGAAAUGAAAUAAAAAUCUGUAAAAGAAGCUCAAGCAAAUAGAUAUUAACAAAGCACAAGCAGACAAAACGUUACGACAAGAAGAUACAAGGCAAGGUGAUAAGGUGGGAAGAGAGGACGAUCAACAAAAUCAAGCAAUCACGAAACUGGUAAAACAAUAACGGCAUAAAGUAAAACGCAGGAACAAUACCAAAGAGCUGAACACGUGGCGGGAAAACCAGAGUGCGCGGAGGAAGAGGACCGAUCUGUCGCUGUCACUGACAACGAGAGAUGGCACAGGUUUGCCGGAUCCUCUCGCGGGGCCGGGGCUCGCUGAGCAGGGGAACGCGUGGCCUGUCCACGGCGGCCUCGUCGGCCUCGUCGUCAUCGUCGUCGCCACCGUCGGCAGGGAAGGCCGUGCCUUACGCCAAGACGCUGAAGGAGGACGGCGGCGGAGCGAAGGAUCCCGGCGCUCCCAGCAAAGCGCUGCCGCGGCACACGAGUGUCGUCGUGGUGGGCGGCGGUAGCCUGGGCUGCCAGACGCUCUACCACCUGGCCAAGGCUGGCGUGACGGACGCCGUGCUGCUCGAGAGGGACCGGCUCACCGCCGGCACCACCUGGCACACGGCCGGCUUGCUAUGGCAGCUGCGACCGAGUGACACGGAGGUGGAGCUGCUGAGGCACACGCGCCGCGUCGUCUCGGAAGAUCUGGAGCGCGAGACGGGCCUGCACACCGGCUGGAUCCAGAACGGGGGGCUCUUCAUCGCCUCCAACCGCCAGCGCCUCGACGAGUACAAGCGCCUCAUGUCCCUGGGCAAGGCGUACGGCAUCGAGUCGCACGUGCUGUCUCCCGCCGACACCAAGGUGCUCUACCCGCUCAUGAACGUCGACGACCUUUACGGGACGCUGUACGUGCCGGGCGACGGCACCAUGGACCCCGCCGGCACGUGCUCCACCCUGGCCCGUGCCGCCACGGCACGCGGGGCCCAGGUGAUAGAGAACUGCGCGGUGACCGGCGUGCGCGUCGAGGAGGACGACAUGGGCGUGGCGAGGGUGCGCGCCGUGGAGACGCAGCACGGCGUCAUCCACACGCCCUGCGUCGUCAACUGUGCCGGGGUGUGGGCAAGGAAGCUGGGACGAAUGGCGGGGGUGAAUGUGCCUCUCUGCGCCAUGCACCACGCGUACGUGGUGACGGAGCGCAUUGAGGGAAUCCAGAACAUGCCCAACGUUCGAGACCACGACGCCUCCGUGUACCUGCGCCUGCAGGGCGACGCGUUGUCCGUGGGGGGAUACGAGGCCAACCCCGUCUUCUGGGAGGAGGUCUCCGACAGCUUCGCGUUCGGCCUGUUCGACCUCGACUGGGACGUCUUCGCGCAGCACAUCGAGGGCGCCGUCAACCGCGUGCCCACGCUCGCCAACACCGGCAUCAAGUCCACCGUGUGCGGCCCCGAAUCCUUCACUGCAGACCACAAGCCUCUGCUGGGAGAGUCGCCGGAAGUGCGUGGAUUUUUCCUUGGCUGUGGCUUCAACAGCGCAGGGAUGAUGCUGGGAGGUGGCUGUGGCCAGGAGCUGGCUCACUGGAUCAUUCACGGACGCCCGGAGAAAGACAUGUUCAGCUACGACAUACGACGUUUCCACGGCUCCAUGACGAAUAACAACCGCUGGAUUCGCGAGCGGAGUCACGAGUCGUACGCCAAGAACUACUCGGUGGUCUUCCCGCACGACGAGCCGCUGGCUUCCCGCAACGUUCGCCUCGACCCCUUCCACAAGGUUCUGCAGCAGCAAGGCUGCGUUUUCCAAGAGCGUCACGGGUGGGAGAGACCUGGAUGGUUCAACUUGGAAGGAGCCGCUGCCGUUCUCCCCUACGACUAUUAUGGCUCCUACGAUCACAAGCCCCACCAGGAUUACAAAUACAAGAGCCUCCUGUCGGACGAGUACACAUUCGACUUCCCUCCCCAUCACCACGUGAUCCGAGACGAGUGUGUGUCGUGCCGGAACGCCGUCGCGGUGUUCAGCAUGUCGUACUUUGGCAAGUUCUACCUCGUCGGACCCGACGCUAAGAAAGCUGCCGAUUGGCUCUUCACAGCUGACGUCUCCAAGCCAGUGGGUGCCACGGUGUACACGUGUCUGCUGAAUCCUCGUGGCGGGGUGGAGGGCGACCUCACUGUGAGCCGUGUGGCACCCGGGAAAGGAGACGACCCACUCGCUCCCGAGUUCGAGGGUGACGGCUUCUACCUGGCUGUGGGCGGCGCUUCGGCCCAGCACGCCUGGUCCCACGUGAGCUCCGUGCUGCAGGACGGCGCCUUCAGGUGUCGUCUCGUCGACACCUCGCCUCGCUUGGGACUCCUCAGCGUGCAGGGCCCUCGCAGCCGGGAAGUCUUGGAAAAGGUUCUGGAUGCUGAUCUCAGCAACGAGAGCUUCCCCUUCUCCACGCACAAGCUCGUGAAGGCGGCUGGGCACGAGGUGCGUGCCAUGCGUGUGUCGUUCGUGGGGGAGCUGGGCUGGGAGCUGCACGUGCCCGCGGCCGCGUGCGAUGCCGUCUACGCGGCGGUGAUGGAGGCCGGGCGGCCCCUGGGCAUCGCCAACGCCGGCUACCGCGCCAUCGACUCGCUCUCCAUCGAGAAGGGCUACCGCCACUGGCACGCCGACCUCCGCACGGACGACUCUCCGCUCGAGGCCGGCCUGGCUUUCACCUGCAAGCUCAAGUCGUCCGUCCCGUUCCUGGGCCGCGAGGCCCUGGAGGAGGAGCGCCGGCGUGGGCUGGCCAAGCGCAUCGCCUGCUUCACCAUCGACGAGCGCGUGCCACUGCUGGGUCUCGAGGCGAUCUGGAGGGACGGCUGCGCCGUGGGGCACGUGCGGCGUGCAGACUUCGGCUUCCACAUCGAGCGCAGCCUCGCGUACGGAUACGUGCGGGACCCCGCGGGCAUCUCCGUGACCACAGACUUCCUGCGCAACGGGGACUAUGCCAUCGAGAGGAUGGGCGUCAAAUACCCGGCCAAGUUGCACCUCAAGUCCCCCUUCGACCCCGAAAACAAGCGCGUGCGCGGGAAUUACGAGUGACGCGCGCCGCUCACACCACGCCCGCCACUGCCACCAGCAGUCGCUCAUCUCGAAGCGUCGCCCGUGACGUACGGCCUACACAAAGCGCGAUCGCUAAGGCCUGCGGCGAUUUACCCCCUCGGCCCCGCCCGCACGGCCAGACAAAUUGUCGCAAUUCACGUUUGCAAUUCUAUUCGAGAAUCAAUGGUUUUCCAUCUCAAUCUUAGCGAGUCGUUCGUAUUUUACGUCUCGUGCCUUCAGCCUGUGCUGUCUGCCUCGUUUGCUCCGUUCAAUCUCAUCGUAGCCCUUUCUUCACUAAAUCCCAGCUCCGAGAAUGUUGAAUAUCGGUUUUCACCGUCGUGCGAUGAACAUCACUCUCAUAUGCAGAGCGAGUGGGAAAAUGGUGCCCUCUGCUAUGUGUAGACCAGUGGUUGGUUCAAGGGGUUGCAGGUUGCUCUGUAGUGUCUGUGGGCUGUUCUCCAACACCAAGGGUUCACCACACUGCCCUGCGAGAGAUCUGAAAGGAUGCCUCGUAAGAGUCUGGAUAAAGUUGAAGGAUAUGGCAAGAAAACAACAUUAGCGUUAUAACUAGCACGAAUCGUAAGUAGUUGGUUCACACGCGUAUGAAAAAACGAGAACAGACUCACAUUGACGAGUCGAUGAAUCUUUACUGCAAAGCAGGCUGGAUAUUUGCAAAUAUGGAGAACGGUGAGCUGUGAGCUGUUAGUCAGUGGGCCAGAGCAGCGGAAAUGUGUACCACAUAGGCCAUAAUGAUCAAUAAUAAAGGUUUUUAGGUUAGAUGGCAUAAAUAUAAAUGUGCCGUUAACCCACUACCACCCGACACAGGCAAUUAGUAAGGGUUGUCACGUAAACAGAACGUGGCCAAUUCGUCACUAGUAUAGCACACCGGUGUGUUGUAGAGCCAAGCCACAACAUUUACAAUCUGAGUACGACGUUUCGCCAGUAAUUACAACUAUGUUCAUCAGGCGACAGCCAGAUUUCCAGUGGCUAUCAAACAAGUCACCGUUGUUGGCCACAUUAACAAAUGGGGACCACGAAAGUCAUCCCACCUCGGGUGGCAGCGACAUGCGAGAGACGUCUGAUCUCGACUCGCGGACUGCGCGAGAUGGCGUGUCGUGUGAUUCAUUAUCUGGUGAAGAGAACCGCCAAAGCGAAUGGCGAUGUAGGAGGUUAACAGUGCCGUCCGGUGAUGCCCGUCUCGCACGCUCGAGUUUGAGCGUUGGUGCGGAACGUUUAGGAACGGGCAAGAGUCGGUCAGACUGUGACGAGGAUGCGAGAGCGGACGUCCUGACGUGACUGCGCAAAUAACUCUACGCUCCUGGCGAUGAAGACGUUAUGACGGCGACGAGACAAAGUGAGUGCGGUGUGGCGGGUGGAGUCCUUGAGACCGACGGGGGAAGUUUCCUUCAAUUCGCUCUCAUUUAAGAUAUUCUACGAGGAAAAGUGUGGAGUUUGCCUUGAAACCACCCUGGUAAUAAAAUGGCGCUUUUCGUGAUUGUCGUCGGGUUCUGCUUCCCGCGCCGUACUUCCAUCAUCGUGGAAUCCACCCGAUUGUGCGAAUCGUAAAUAAAUCCUGCGCUUGUUGUCAGCCGG